GGGACUCGGGAAUGCCAGUGUUAUGACGUUUGGGGAGGUGUGUUUGGAGCAGAGCAGCCAUUACACAGCAGUGCCAAGUAAGGAAGGUGAGAGUGGGUGACUUAAAUGUUAGGUUGCCGCUUUCUUUCUGCUGCUGUCCUAUUUCGAGAAACCACUCCAGAAAGUGCACCUUUCAUCUCAUUAUUUGCAUUCCCCGGGACCAGUUGGAAUUCCGUUGAAAUCAGCUUCUAGGUGGGCCAUCCCCGGUCUCGUGCUGCUGUUGCAAGAAAAAAAAAUUACCGAACGAAACCGGAGCGGUCGUCAGUAGUAGGAGCAGCGGGGACUCCGCAGCCGCUGCAGCAGACAUGGACGACAAAGCGUUUACAAAAGAAUUAGACCAAUGGAUCGAGCAGCUGAAUGAGUGCAAACAGCUUAACGAAAACCAAGUGAGAACUCUGUGUGAGAAGGCUAAAGAAAUUCUGACCAAGGAGUCCAAUGUUCAAGACGUGCGCUGUCCUGUUACAGUUUGUGGCGAUGUCCAUGGCCAGUUUCAUGACCUUAUGGAGCUUUUUAAAAUUGGAGGAAAAUCCCCAGAUACCAACUACCUUUUCAUGGGUGACUAUGUGGAUCGAGGAUAUUAUUCUGUUGAAACAGUCACACUGCUUGUAGCAUUAAAGGUUCGCUACCCAGAGCGUAUUACAAUAUUGAGAGGAAACCACGAAAGUCGGCAGAUAACGCAAGUAUAUGGGUUUUAUGAUGAGUGUCUCAGAAAGUAUGGAAAUGCCAACGUCUGGAAGUAUUUCACUGAUCUCUUUGACUAUCUUCCUCUUACAGCUUUAGUUGAUGGACAGAUUUUCUGUCUUCAUGGAGGCCUCUCACCAUCCAUAGACACAUUGGACCAUAUACGAGCUCUGGAUCGCCUCCAGGAAGUUCCACAUGAGGGCCCAAUGUGUGAUCUACUCUGGUCAGAUCCUGAUGAUCGUGGUGGAUGGGGCAUCUCUCCUCGAGGUGCUGGUUACACCUUUGGACAAGAUAUUUCUGAAACAUUCAACCAUGCUAAUGGUCUUACUUUGGUAUCCCGAGCUCAUCAGCUUGUAAUGGAGGGUUACAAUUGGUGUCACGACCGCAAUGUGGUUACUAUUUUCAGUGCCCCCAAUUACUGUUAUCGCUGUGGUAACCAGGCUGCUAUUAUGGAACUGGAUGACACACUUAAAUAUUCCUUCCUUCAGUUUGAUCCUGCACCUCGUCGUGGAGAACCUCAUGUGACACGCCGUACCCCGGACUAUUUCUUGUAAUCUUCUUUUUGACUCUUGUCCCACUGUUGGAAGUAAACCUGGUGUUCAACUUAAUCAACAGUACUUUUAGUACUUGUCUACCUGUUUGGAGUCCGUUUCAGCUUAAAAUCCUCGACAUGGACCAAAGUGUGCCAUACCGAUGAUCGUUUAGCACAGCUAGAGGUUAUUCAGAUUUGAAAUUCAACAUAACAUCUCACUAUAUCCAGCAUCAGUCUGUUCUACAGUUUGCCUGCUGUACUAUUUGUAGUAAUGGUUUUAAAAAUCAGGGCUGUUUUAACAGUUCUUUGUGGCAUCCUUAUUUUUGCAGAUAUUUAUACAUUUUAGCGGUAGUCUUUCAGGCAUGAAUAGGGUUUGAAGUUUAUUUUUAAUUAAAUAAGCUUACCCCAUUUUUUUCUGGGGUUGGGUGGGAGGGUAUGCAGAAGAUAACGGGAUACAGAAGGUUGAUGCUUUAAGAAAGUUUGCUGUAUUGUUUUAUCAAACAAAAAAAAUCCCCCUCCCAUAUUUACUGUUUUUUUGUCAAUGUAUCUUUUUUUUCUGUAUAGUUGUCAUUAAAGUGUUUGCAUCUUACUUGAUGUAUUUGAACAAAUAAAACUUUUGAUCGUAAUAAUAAAGCUGGUAUAUGUAAUUGGAAGCCUACCCCCGAUAAACAAACUAA